AUGGGGAAAAGGGUAGAGCAUGAGUUCCUGUGGUUUGACAUCUCUUCCCCCAACAAUCAGCACACAUCCAUUGUCAUUGCUGAGAGGGGUGGUGGUGGUGUUCAUAGUCCAAACUCCGACACCACACAAGCUGCUGAUACCCUUGCUCAAGCAGACACAAUGGUAGACACCACGGCAUCACCACUCACUCCACCAGAGACUUCUGCACUCUCACCUGAUGUUGGCAAUCCCACUGCAAGUAGUGCCAAUGAAAGCAGUCCUCUGCUAGACAAAGUUACUAAGAGUGAUGGGAAAAUAAAACAGAAGACAAAUACAGCUCAAUUUGCAGCUUCUUUUUCCUCCAGUUUCAAGCGUGCAGCAGGCGAUUGGGUGGAGGGGAUGUGCAACAGGCCUCGACUUGUCUGUACUUUAUCAUUUACUGGUGCAAAACCUACUGCAAACGAGCUAGCGACCUUGCUUUAUGUAACCUCAGCACAGGAGCCCAAGCACAACCUUCAUGACACACAAUGCCACUGGUUCGCCACAACUGUGUUUGACGCUCUCAACAUACUUUAUGAGGGUGCUGAGCAAGAUCCCACACCCCAUCAGGUGGGUAUGAUCUGUGGGGUAUCAGUCAAUUUCAAGGCAAGCAGGCAAGAGCAAGAGGAACAGAGGCAGCAAGAAUGUGAACAAUGCCAAGCUGCAGAUGAAGCUGUGAAGAGGGCAGAGGAGGAAAGGCAGAGGGAGUGCAAGCAAUGUGAAGCUGCUGAGCAGGAAAGGCAGAAGGAAUGCAAGCAAUGCAAAGUGGCUGAGGAAAGGGCACAGGCAGCACAGGAAGAGAUUGAGAAGUUGCUCCAAGAAGUGGAGGCAUUGAAGAGAGCAGGGGCAAGUACUCAACAGGCUUGA